UUUGCUUUUUUUACAAUUCCAAUUCCAAAAUAUGUUUCUUGUUUCUUGGAGCUUGGAGUAGAGUCAGCAAACGUGAAAAUGGCUUGUCGUAUGAUACAUAUUUGUAAAGUUGUGAAUAAUUCGAUAAAAAAUGCUCAAUCUGUAAGCAAUGGUAUAUGUAAUUUAUUGUCUGUCAGUCACUCACAUUUGUUAAAAACACACGUUCCUUUAUUAAAUAAUGCGAGAAAUUCUACGUUUUUUGUAAAUAAAUCUGGAGAUGAAUUGUGGAAGGGUGUGACAACUGUUAGUAAUGCGGGAAGACGCAGAGGUAGAGCAAAAGGAUUAGUAAGAAAAAGAGAUCUAAACAGAGGACAGAUUAUUGGUGUAGGAAAAAUUCCAAUACAAUUUCCUGGCCUAAAUGCUCCUGUGUUUAGAGGAAAAGAAUUAAUUCAACAGCAGAAGUUACCCAUAGAUCCUGAAAGAGAAGAGAAACUUACAAAAUUUCGGCAGAGUCAGACUGGAUCAAAGCGAGUAAAAUUAUCCCCAUUGGAACGAGGAUGGACGAGUGCCGGAAUGGGUGGCAGAAAGAUUGGACCACCCGAUCCUAUUGGAGAAGAUAAUUUUGAAGGUUUCGAAACCUGGAUUUUGGAAUGCAAAAUGAUAACUUGUAUGACUGGCAAUUUAGGGCGUAAAAGCAGAGCCAGUGCAUUUGUAGUAACAGGAAAUGGAAAUGGACUAGCUGGAUUUGCAAUAUCAAAAACAUCUACAGCCAAAGCAGCCUUAAAAACAGCUAAGAAUAGAGCAGGUCAAAGACUAAUGUAUAUUCCUAGAUAUAAAGAACACACUGUGUUACAUGAUUUUUUUACACAGUUUGGGAGUACAAAGAUAUUUGUAAAUAAAAAGCAUGAAGGAUAUGGACUUAUUUGUCAUCGUGCAUUAAAAGCAUGUUGUGAGGCAAUUGGCAUAAAGAAUAUAUAUGCUAAAGUAGAAGGAGCUAAGAAUGUAAAACAUUUGAUAAAAGCAUUCUUUAUUGGUUUAUUGCAACAGAAAUCAUAUCAACAACUAGCGGAUGAAAAACGGUUGCAUUUGGUCGAGUUUAAUCCAGAAAAUGGUAAUUAUCCAGUAAUACUCGCUUCACCAUCUAAAAUUAGAAAACCAGAAGAAAUCCCGUCCCAUGAGACUCUCGAUUUUACUCAAUAUGUAAUGGGCAACAGAGUGGUAUUGAAAAAGAAGAAACUUCCGCCAUUCUUUACUAAACUUCCUUUUUAUAAAACAUCAUUGGUAAAACAAGAACGAGUUAGACACGCUGAUAAAACGAGAAUACAAUUAUUAGCAAAAUAUGGAGCACAGCAUAGUUUUUUGACAGAAAAAUAUCCAGAGGCGCGACCACGUCGUAAGCAGAAACCAAGCGAAAAUGAUGAAACAGUAGAAUAAAGAAAUAAUUGUUAUGAUUUUAUGAAUGUUUUGAAAUAAAAACUUUGUGUUUAAAAUAUUA